GACAACAAAACAUGCCCAAAAACAAGGGAAAGGGAGGUAAAAACAGGAGAAGAGGAAAAAACGAGAACGAGACGGAAAAAAGAGAGCUGGUCUUCAAAGAAGAUGGCCAAGAAUAUGCACAAGUGACCAAAAUGCUUGGCAAUGGACGUCUCGAAGCGAUGUGCUUUGAUGGUGUAAAAAGAUUAUGCCAUAUUCGUGGGAAACUACGUAAAAAAGUAUGGAUUAAUCAAGGUGACAUUAUCCUAAUUGGUCUCCGUGACUAUCAAGAUGCUAAAGCUGAUGUUAUUCUGAAAUAUACACCCGAUGAAGCUAGGAAUUUGAAAACCUAUGGUGAAUUUCCAGAAACAGUUCGUAUCAAUGACACAGUUACGUUCGUGGAGGAUGGUCUCGAUGACGAUAUUGAAUUCGGAGAUGAAGUUAGUGAAGACGAUGAAGACGAUGUAGAUAACAUCUGAUGCUCUACACAAGCAGUAAUAGAAUUUGCACCUAGGGCCAUUGCAAUCUUACUCCCAGGAAAUAUUUAAAUAUUCAAUGUUUUUUUAUGACUUUUGCCUUGAAAUGAUUUUAAGUUAAAAUAAAUCUUCGAGUUUCAAACGCAUAGAUAAAAAAAGAAAUAAAUUAUUAACAUUGAUUAUUGUACUACCCAGUGUCAAAAUCAUCUGUUUACUGCACCGUUUUUAUUGCACUUGCAUCAUAAUAUUACUUCAGACAGAUUUUUUUUCAUCUUUUAACAGUUGCAUUACCAAUUGUUAUCAACUGAAAUUUUUCGCUACCAUUGUAAAUAUUUAUAAAUAUUAAGAGUUACUAUAUCAUUUUUUUUAUUAUAAAUCUUUCAAUAAUAAAAUUUCUAUGAUAAAA